AUGAGGAUCCGAGACCUGCGCCUGCGGGACCUCACCGUCAUGUACUUCACCGCCCUGGCCGCCCUCGUGGUCAUCCUGGUGGCGUCCUAUCAGGCCCCCGCCGCCGUGGCCGUGGUGGACCUGGUCGCCGGGACCGGAGCCGAGCGGGCGCCCGCCCUGCCGAUGCCCUUCCGGGUGCCGCUGGACCCGCUGGGCAAGCUGAGGCUGGCGUGGAACGUCAGCUACGAGCGCCAGGAGGUGACCUUGGAGCUGAGGGCGGCCCGGCUCCAGCACGGCGUGUUGCUGGGGAUGUCGGACCGAGGCCAGCUGACCCGCGCCGACCUGGUGGUGCUGUGGGAGGCGGGAGGAAAAAGUUAUUUCGGGGACGCGUGGAGUGACAGCGAGGGUCAUGUGACCUUGGACCGCCAGCAAGACUACGAGCUGAUUGAAGCAAAAUGGACGUCUGAAGGUUUCUAUCUGCUCUUCAAGAGACCUUUCAACACCUGCGACCCCAGAGAUUACCUCAUUCAGGAGGGAACGGUGCACGUCAUCUACGCCCUGCUGGACCAAACCCUGGCCUCCUUGGAGCAGCUCAACCUGUCGGGCAUCCACACGGGCCUCCAAAGGGUCCUGAUGCUGCGGCCCGACACGCCGCCACCCACGCUGCCCCCGGACGUGCGCACGCUGGACGUGGUGGCGCCCGACGUGCUGAUCCCGGGUCAGGAGACCACCUACUGGUGCUUCAUCCACAGGCUGCCUGAGGGGAUGGCCAAGAACCACAUCGUCAUGUACGAGUCUGUGAUCACGGCGGGUAACGAGGCCAUGGUGCAUCACAUGGAGGUGUUCGAGUGUUCCCCCGACGUGAGCAACGUUCCCGACUACAGCGGCUCAUGUGACGACAAGAUGAAGCCGGGCAAGCUGGACUUCUGCCGCCACGUGCUGGCCGCCUGGGCCAUGGGUGCUGAGGCAUUCUACUACCCACCUGAUGCUGGACUUCCUAUCGGGGGACCUGCUUCCUCUAGGUUCCUUCGUCUUGAAGUCCACUACCACAACCCUCUCCUUAUAUCUGGCAGACGAGACUCGUCAGGGAUCCGCCUCCACUUCACUCCCAGUCUGAGACGCUACGAUGCCGGGAUCAUGGAGCUGGGUCUGGUCUACACGCCCAUCAUGGCCGUCCCACCUCAGCAGCACACCUUCUACCUGAGCGGCUACUGCACCUCCGACUGUACACGCACGGCUCUACCACCAGGGGGCGUCUUCAUAUUCGCAUCGCAGCUGCACACGCACCUGGCGGGCAGAGGGGUGCGCACCGUCUUGGUGAGGGGGGGCAAGGAGGUGGAGGUGGUGCAGGAGGACACACACUUCAGUACACACUACCAGACAAUCCGCGUCCUGAGGAAAAUGGUGCAGGUUCUUCCGGGCGACGCCCUCAUAACCAAGUGCACCUACAACACCCGGGACAGGGACAGACCCACUGUGGGGGGGUUCGGCAUCAUGGAGGAAAUGUGCGUCAACUACGUGCACUACUACCCUCGCACUCACCUGGAACUCUGCAAGAGUCACCUGGACCUGGAACACCUGCAGAGGUUCUUCACCUUCAUUACAAGAUUCCAAGGGCAGGAGGCGUGUGUGUGUGGCGAGGACAGCGUGACGGAUCAGUAUUCCCGCCUGCAGUGGGACACUUUCUCCACUCAGGUGCUGGACUCGCUCUACGCGACAUCACCCAUCUCCAUGCACUGCAACCAAUCUACUGCACGCCUCUUCCCUGGACUUUGGGACAAGCAGCCGCUGCCGGUCGUGACCUCGGUCCUGCAGAGACCUCCUUACCCAUGUGAGGUGGGGGUGCGCCCCACACCUCGCCCCAUCGUACCCCCAGUCUGAGUCAGCAGUUUUGCUUUAUGAAUUCUUUAUUUUUGUCAAGCUGCUGCGCCUUCUUGGAGACAAAGAAGUUCUUUAAAAAAACCCUCAAGGUGGACUUUUUUGUCCUUUCAGUACUUUUUCCAAAUGUGUGUUUGUCAUUUCAAGCCAAUAAAUAAAUAGCUUUUGAUCAAA